UCAUUGGGCUUCCAGUGAAACCCAAUUCUCUUUUUUUCCUUCUAUUCCACUGGCGUCUCCUUUUCAGACUCCUUUCUUUUUUCCUUUUCAUCUCCCUGUUCUCUACCUGUUGGAGCCCCCUAGGCUCAGGUCUUGGACCGUUUUUUCUUCCUUAUCUUUAAUCACUCUACAGGCAAUCUUACCUAGUAUAAGAGCUUUAAAUAUCAACUGAACAUCAGUAACUUCCAAUUUUUAUUCCUACAUUUGGACUUUCUCUGAACUCCAGGAUCAGAUGUCUAAUGGACAUCUGGCAUUUCCACUUAGACGUAUAAUAAUCAUCUCAAGUAUUAAGGUAAAACAGAACUCAUAAUUGGUCCAUCCAAACCCACUCCUCUCACAGUCCAUUGUGUUAAAAAAAAGUCAACUUCAUAUUUCUAGUUGCUCAAGCCAAAACCUUAGCAUCAUCUUGGCCUCUUUUUUUUUUCUUUCAUACCUAAAAUCAGCAAAUCCUAUCAGCCCUUCCUACAGAGAAUAUCUAAAAUCUGAUCAGUUCUCGUCAUCUCCCCCAUGACUACACCACCCAAAUGCAAACCCCUCACCCCUUGCCAGGAUUUCUGCAGUAACCUCACUGGUCCCCCUGCUUCCCCCUCCUUGUCCUUAGUGCAUUUUCCAUGAGUGAUCCUUUUAAAUGUAAAUCAGAUUAUGCUGUUCCUUGGCUUGAAGUGUUUCAGUGGCUUCCUGUCUUACUCAAGAGUAAAAACCAAAGUUCGAUGGCCCACAAGCCCCGUGUGAUCCAGCUUCCAUCUGCCUCUCUGGCCCUCUGUUUCUCACCCUGUUCCAGCCACUCUGGUCUCCCUCCUCUUUGUUGUCAAAGCCUGCUCUUGCCUUGAGGCCUUUGUAUUUGUUGGUCGCUCUGCUAGGACUGUGCUUCCCCUAGACAUCUGUGUCAACGUGUUGGCUUCCCUGUGAAAAGCUUUCUCAGACCACCCUUCAUCCCCCCAACUCCCUAUCUCCUUAAUCUUUUUAUUUUCCUCCAUAGAACUUUGGCCACUUUACAUAUAAAUAGGAAUAUCAAUGUCAGUAUAUCAAUAUUUGUUAUUGUCUCUUUCCAUUAGAACAUGAGAUCCACUGGGACAGGGGCUGGAUUUGGUAUCUUCCUUAAAUAUAGAACCAUGCCAACUGAGGACUCUGCACUUGUUCAGGAGAAGAAUCUAAAGAAAUCCAAGCAGGACAGGUAGUUCUAAAAGCCAUGACCCAGGGAUUGGUGACAUUUAGGGAUGUGGCCAUAGAGUUCUCUCAGGAAGAAUGGAAGUGCCUGGAACCUACCCAGAGGGACUUGUACAAGGAUGUGACUUUGGAGAACUUUGGUAACUUGGUCUCACUAGGACUUUCCAUUUCUAAGCCAGAUGUCAUCUCAUUAUUGGAGCAAGGGAAAGAACCCUGGAUGGUUGCAAAUGAUAUGACAGGACCAUGGUGUCCAGACUUGGAGUCCAGUUGUGAGAAAUUUCUACAGAAAGAUAUCUUUGAAGCAGAGUCAUUCAGUUGGGAGCUGAUGGAAGGCCUUAAAUGCUGUGAUUUUGAGGGCUCCAGUUUUAGAGAUGACUGGGCAUACAGAGGCCAGUUUGAAAAACAAGUAAAUCAUGAGUGCUAUUUCAAGCAAGUGAAAAUCACCUAUGGAAACAUGCCCACAUUUGAGCAUCAUACAUCCCUCACCCUACAUCCUCGCAAUGAGACUGGCGAGAAACUGAUUGAAUGUAAUGAAUGUGGGAAAGCAUUUAGCCGUGGCUCACACCUUAUUCAACAUCAGAAAACUCAUACUGGUGAAAAGCCCUUUGAAUGUAAGGAAUGUGGGAAGGCCUUCAGUCGUACUUCACACCUUGUUCAACAUCAGAGAAUUCAUACAGGUGAGAAACCUUAUGACUGUAAGGAGUGUGGAAAGGCCUUUGGUCGUACUUCAGAACUUAUUCUACAUCAGAGACUUCAUACUGGUGUCAAACCCUAUGAAUGUAAAGAAUGUGGAAAGACCUUUAGACAGCAUUCACAACUUAUUCUGCAUCAUAGAACUCAUACAGGUGAGAAACCCUAUGUAUGUAAAGACUGUGGCAAGGCUUUUAUCCGUGGCUCACAACUUACUGUUCAUCGGAGAAUUCAUACAGGUGCUAGACCCUAUCAGUGUAAAGAAUGUGGGAAGGCCUUUAGACAGCAUUCACAACUUACUGUACAUCAGAGAAUUCAUACUGGGGAGAAACCCUACGAAUGUAAGGAAUGUGGCAAGGGCUUUAUUCAUAGCUCAGAAGUUACUCGACAUCAAAGAAUUCAUUCCGGGGAGAAACCCUAUGAAUGUAAAGAAUGCGGGAAGGCCUUUAGACAGCAUGCACAGCUUACACGACAUCAGAGAGUUCAUACGGGUGACAGACCCUAUGAGUGUAAGGACUGUGGGAAGGCCUUUAGUCGUAGUUCAUACCUUAUUCAACAUCAAAGAAUUCAUACAGGUGACAGACCCUACGAAUGUAAGGAAUGUGGGAAAGCCUUUAUUCGUGUUUCACAACUGACUCAUCAUCAGCGAAUUCAUACUUGUGAGAAACCCUAUCAAUGUAGGGAAUGUGGAAUGGCCUUUAUUCGUAGUUCACAGCUUACUGAACAUCAGCGAAUUCAUCCUGGUAUCAAACCUUAUGAAUGUAGAGAAUGUGGGCAGGCCUUCAUUCUUGGCUCACAGCUCAUUGAACACUAUAGAAUUCAUACUGGCUAGAAAGUCUCGAUGUUAGGGAUGUAGGAAAGCCUUCAUGUGGAAUUCAUGCCUGACUCAAUAUUAGAUAAUGCGUAAUGUUAUUAUUGUCAGAGAACUUUCAUUUGUCACCUCCAUUAUGGAACAUCAGGUAACUCAUACCAGAAGAAAAUUCAAUAAACGUGGGAAUUCUUUUUGCCUCACACUCAUUGUUUACUAAGCAUCAGAGAGCUUAUACUGAAAAAAAAUUAAUACGAAUAUAGAAAAGCCUCCUAUUACCACUCAAAAUAUGUUAAACUUCUGAAAAUUCCUAAUAGAAAAUGACCCUAUUAAAAUAUUUUGUGACUGUGCCCUUUCGCCAUAUACCUUACAUAACAUUAUCUCACUUCCACCAAUUACUGACUGUAUAACAUUGGGCAAAUUAUGCAAUGUCUGUGUUCCUCAGUUUACUUAUUUUUAGGCAGUGAUAAUUAUAUGUACCUAAUAGAGUUUCUGUGAGGAUUGUCAGAUAUUGUAUAUAAAGCUUAUGUUC